AUGGACAGUGCAAUGAAUGAGUUUCUGCAGCUGUAUUACCCUGAAGCUACCAGCACCGUCACAGAUGAGCAGCUGAGGACCCUGGUGAGGCAGUUCGGACAGCAAGACUGGAAAUUCCUGGCCAGCCACUUUCCUAACCGCACUGACCAGCAAUGCCAGUACCGGUGGCUGAGAGUCUUGAAUCCAGAUCUCGUCAAGGGGCCGUGGACCAAAGAGGAAGACGAGAAGGUCAUCGAGCUGGUUAAGAAGUACGGUACGAAGCAGUGGACGCUGAUUGCCAAGCACCUGAAAGGCCGGCUGGGGAAGCAGUGCCGUGAGCGCUGGCACAACCACCUCAACCCCGAGGUGAAGAAGUCCUGCUGGACCGAGGAGGAGGACCGCAUCAUCUGUGAGGCCCACAAGGUGCUGGGCAACCGCUGGGCCGAGAUCGCCAAGAUGCUGCCGGGGAGGACGGACAAUGCUGUGAAGAAUCACUGGAACUCCACCAUCAAAAGGAAGGUGGACACGGGAGGCUUCCUGAAUGAGUCGAAGGACUGCAAGCCCCCCGUGUACUUGCUGCUGGAGCUCGAGGACAAGGACAGCCACCAGAGUGUCCACCCUGUGGAAGGCCAGGGAAGUCUUGUGACCAACUGGCCCCCAGCGCUCCCUGCCAUGAAGGAAGAGGAAAGCAGUGAGGAAGAGGCCAUGGCAGCUGUCUCUGCUAAGGAACGGGACGCUGUCUCUGAAGAGCUGGAUAGAGUGCACACCCCAGAGCCCUUAGACGACAUCCGCAAGCGUGAUGAGCAGGAGGGCUCCUCGCCAGAAGGCAGCCUGCCCUACAAGUGGGUGGUCGAGGCCGCAAACCUCCUGAUCCCGGCUGUGGAGUCCAGCCUCUCGGAAGCCUUGGACUUGAUUGAAUCGGACCCUGACGCUUGGUGUGAUCUGAGCAAAUUUGACCUCCCCGAGGAGUCGUCUGCAGAGGGCAGCAGCCCCGUGCAGCCCCAGCCAUCGCAGCAGCAACAGCAGCCGCCGCCGCCACCCCGCCAGCCUGCUGCCCCUGGCUCCAGUGUGACCGAGUACCGCCUGGACGGCCACACCAUCUCGGACCUGAGCCGAGGCAGCCGCGGCGAGCUGAUUCCCAUUUCCCCCAACACUGAAGUGGGGGGCUUGGGCAUUGGCACGCCGCCCUCUGUGCUGAAGCGGCAGAAGAAGAGGCGUGUCACCCUGUCCCCCGUCACAGAGAACAGCGCCAGCCUGUCCUUCCUGGACUCCUGCAACAGCCUCACCCCCAAGAGCACACCUGUCAAGACCCUGCCCUUCUCGCCCUCCCAGUUUCUAAACUUCUGGAACAAACAGGACACGCUGGAGCUGGAGAGCCCCUCACUGACGUCCACCCCGGUGUGCAGCCAGAAGGUGGUGGUCACCACGCCCCUGCACCGGGAUAAGACGCCCCUGCAUCAGAAACACACUGCGUUUGUAUCCCCAGAUCAGAAGUACUCCAUGGACAAUACUCCGCACACGCCGACCCCAUUCAAGAACGCCCUGGAGAAGUACGGACCACUGAAGCCCCUGCCCCAGACCCCACACCUGGAGGAGGACUUGAAGGAGGUGCUGCGCUCCGAGGCCGGCAUCGAGCUCAUCAUCGAGGACGAAGUGAGGCCCGAGAAGCACAAGCGGAAGCCUGGGCUUCGGCGGAGCCCCAUCAAGAAAGUCCGCAAGUCCCUGGCUCUCGACAUCGUGGACGAGGACGGGAAGCUGAUGAUGUCCACGCUGCCCAAGGCUCUGUCCUUGCCAACACACGUCCCAUCAAGCUCCUCCAGCGUCACUCUGCCAGGCACCAAAGAGGACAACAACAGCCUGCUCAACGAGGGCUUCCUGCAGGCCAAGCCUGAAAGGCUGGGGACGGCUCCGAAGCCCCGAAGCCACUUGCCAACACCUGCCCCAAUGACCAGCGCCUGGAAGACAGUGGCCUGUGGGGGGACCAGGGACCAACUCUUCAUGCAGGAGAAAGCCCGGCAGCUUCUGGGCCGCGGGAAGCCCAGCCACACAUCUCGGACCCUCAUCUUGUCCUGAGGGGCUUGGCGGCCACGAGCCCAUUCUCAUGUUUACAGGGGGCUGGGGGACCAAGACUGGUCUGAAUUUGAGAAUCACACUCAGGUGACCACCUGUAGGGAGCCGCCUGCCGCCAGCCCCUCCCCAGAUUGCUCAGGUGGAGUCGGCAGGGCCACCACUGUCCUGUCUCAUGCAGCUGCGGCUGUUCCUGGUGCUAACAGAAUCAAGUCCCACUCCUGGCUCUGCCUGGUCUUGCUCCCAGGGCCACGUGAGCUGUUCCCAAGCCCUGGUCAGGCCCGGCCUCAUCUCAUACUCCUGCUUAGGACAGGGCAUGUGGCCAACGGGUUCCUUCAUCAUGUUCGUAUAUUUUCUUGGAUGAAUAAAAGGACCUUUUUCCUUGUGUUA